GGACGUCGCGGCGGCCAUGACGUCGACCGAGAUCCGCUGUUGGCCCUGGACCCGCCGAAUCUUCUCCGCCGCUACCUGAUCGCCGAGGAUUGGGAUGUGGACAAAGCCGCAGAGCGCCUGCGAAGCACCAUUGCCUGGCGACGUGACUGGCGGGUGAUGGAAUAUUAUCAACCAGGUCGCGCACAGUAUCUCUAUGAUGAGAGUACGAACCCAGGUUCUGAGAUGUACUUCGGAGACUCACUACACUUUGAUCGAAGUGGGCGGCCAUACAUGGUCGGGCGAUUUCGCCUUUGCAACGCCGAGCGAAUGCACCCAUGGAGGCACUUGCGUGCUGGCAUCUACGCGCUGGAUAGAUUUGCGCUGAAGAUUAUUCAGAAAGGUUGUGGCUAUGGCAGCUACUUGCUUGACAUUGGCAGAGUGGCAGAGAGGAGCUCCUUCAGUGGCACAGGCGGCGGCCAAGACUUCUUCCCUCAGGAGUCCAAGAACCCCUACUACCAGCAAGGUGCAGGCAAAGAUGCUCCUGCCGAACUGCUGGAGAGGUAUGGGGAGUUGAACAGUGGCAUGGCCGUGCUACGCGCAGCGCUGCGCAUAGCCGGGGACCAUUAUCCUGAGCUGCUGUCACGGGUGGUGUUUCUUCGCAGCGACUGGCUGUUCUCCUUGGCUUUCAAGGUGUUCCGACUUUGGGCCAACAAGAAGACAAGAGACAAGUUCUUGUUCAUUGGUGGCAAAGCUGAUCCGCCAAUGGCGCAGUUGCAGGACUGGUUCCAUUACCAGCAGCUGCCCGCUGAGUUCGGUGGGCAAGGAUAUUCCCUCGAUGGCGAUAACUUCUUACGCCGCGCGGUUGAUCACCUCGACGCGGAGGCGAAACAAGGUUGGGAGUUGCCUGAGACGUUGAAUACAAACAUCUCCAUCUCCCAGCUUGCCUCGACGGAAGUGGCGGACGCAGGAGAGGAUGCGAGCAACAUCUCCUCAAAAAUCGGUGAUAUCUUCAGCCCCUUCCAGGCCUGCUGUGGGUGUCUGCAGUUCUCUCCUCCGCGCCGGCGCACACAGAGCCGGGCGCGUCUUCCACCCACGCCACAAGGCCCAGAGCCCAGCGCGCCAACUCCACAGCAGUUUGCGCAACCACCGGGAGGCCUGACACCUCGCAGAAAUUUUACUUUCCUCAUCAUCGUCGGCGCCCUUGUCGUGCUGGCCGCGGCGUCUUCGCAAGCAAUCUUGGAGACAUAUGCGAUGAGUUGGGUGCACCGCUAA